UCUUCUUUUUCCGUUCCCUAUCAAUCAAACAAUCUGGGCCGCACAGAAUAAUGCCUAGGGCAAAAACCCGGGAGGUAGGGAGGCCAGUGGAGUUCAUGUAGCAUUGAAUAGAUGGCCGGAGCCAAGGAAGAUGGAAAUUACCCGAGAAAAAAAUGUCGGCGUUCUAGGGGGGGUGGGAAAGAAGGAUUCUGAAAAAGCAAGGGCGAGAGCUAGAUGCAAGGCCCCAGCCAGUUUACCCCUUCCAGUUGAAUUGCGAGUGGCACAGGGGAGGGAUAGGCAGCUGUCGCUUGCUUGCUUGUUGUGGGCAAGAUUUUAGAACUAAAAUUAGAAACGAAUAUUUAUAAAUGAUUUAACGAAUAGUAAUAAUAUUUUAAUACAAUGUCAAUGCAUAUUGGAUGAAAUACUCGUUUAUAUACACUUUAAUUCAGCAGCAUUUUAUGUCACUUUACUGUAUUUUCGCGCAGCUACCUGUGAAAGUGGUAGCUAAUCCGUCUCAGACACCGCUGUAAAUAUGGCUCUUCUGCUAACUUCACUAUUGCAAACUAACGUUUAAAACAAGGACUCUUCAGUUGGUGUCGUGGCCAUGAAGAGAGUUGAUGCAUAUUACAUUUAGUACACAUUUGAGGCUGUUAUCGCGUAAUUUAGUGGGCAAAAGAAAAUUCGCAAUUUAUUAGCUAGUAAGCUAACUAGCUAGAUAGUUGCUUUCGUAAAUAAACUAACGUUAGCUAUUUUGUUUAGCGACCUUGUCUGAACAAGUAAACAUCGCAAUACAUGUAGUUAAGUUUUCUGAAACUGAAUUUUUACUACACUGAAUUGUCUCACUCGACAGCUUUCCUUCAUAUGAUUGAAAGCUAAUCCAAUAAUUGCUUGCUAUUGCUAACCAUCAAGAAGCUAGUUGGCUUUGUUGCUGCGAGAAUGGCAGCGAUAAAAGCAAAUCGGUUUAACAUGGUGGGUGUGUGCCAUCAGUUAAGACCAUAGACAUUAACCUGGUUUAAUUAUAUGACAUGUAUGAUGCUCAUCGAUUCGCAACAUUGUUGUAUCCUUGCACACGAACAUAGGUCAAAGACUUACACAAAGCAGUACAUUUCGAAUGCCAGCGUAUAAACUUCAUACAUUUUGUUCCCUAAGCCUUUUAUAUGUAAAUAUACAUACAUGUUUCAUUCUCGUUGGAUGAAGACCUUACAGUCAAAUAGGUCCGCCAACAUGAUGGCUGCCCAGUCGGAUUCCAUAGACAAGUACCUGGAGGGAGAGCAGCAGAUGCAGGGGGUGGAGCAGGCAGACGGUGAGGAGGGUUUGGAUGCAGCCUCCAGUCCAACCCCCACUGAGCCCCAGACCCCCAUGGAUGUAGAUAAGGCUUCCAUAUACCGGCAUCCCUUGUUUCCUCUCCUGGCCCUGCUCUUUGAGAAAUGUGAGCAGUCUACGCAGGGCUCAGACUGUGUCACGUCAGCCAGCUUCGACGUGGACAUUGAGAACUUUGUCCGCAGCCAGGAGAAAGAGGGCAAAGCCUUCUUCAGUGAGGACCCUGAUCUGGACAAUCUGAUGGUGAAGGCCAUCCAGGUGCUGCGGAUCCACCUGCUGGAGCUGGAGAAGGUCAGCGACCUGUGUAAGGACUUCUGCAGCCGCUACAUCUCCUGUCUCAAGACCAAGAUGAACAGCGAGACACUGCUGAGUGGAGAACCUGGCAGCCCCUACUCAUCUGGACAGGGUUUCUCCCCCACCAAGAUCCAGACGUCCAGCUCUUUCACAGGAACCCUCAGUCCCCAGGGGAUUGUGGUGCCAGCAUCGGCCCUGCAGCAAGGCAACGUAACCGUGACAACUGUCAACCCCACACAGGUUAUAGCAGGUAUGUCACCCUGGCAUACAACAACCACAGGUGGCACAGUCUACCAACCAGUUACAGUAGUCAACACACAGGGCCAGGUGGUGUCACAGACCCUCUCGCCCCAGACCAUACGUAUCCAGAACACACAGCUCCAGCUGCAGCUCAACCAGGACCUGAGUUUCUUCAACCACGACGACAGCUCACCCAAGAACAAGCGUGGCGUUCUUCCCAAACAAGCCACCAACGUCAUGCGCUCCUGGCUCUUCCAGCACAUCGGGCACCCCUACCCCACAGAGGAUGAGAAGAAGCAGAUCGCUACCCAAACUAACCUAAGCCUCCUCCAAGUCAACAACUGGUUCAUAAACGCGCGGAGGCGAAUCCUGCAGCCCAUGCUGGACGCCAGCUCUUCAGAGACACCCAAAAACAAGAAGAAACCUCCUCCGAACAGGCCGCUACAGCGCUUCUGGCCUGACUCCAUCGCCACGGGGAUGACCCAACAACAGGUCCAGAUGCCAGAUGGAACCACGGUGAUGAUGAGUGUGGAGGGUCUCCGGAGCCUGACUUCAGACGGUGCCACGCUGGCCGUGCAGCAGGUGAUGAUGGGCGGGCACAGCGAGGACGAAUCAGGAGACAGCGGGGACGAGGACGAUGAUGACGACAUGACUGGGCUGGGCCUGGACAACAGCGACUCCCUUCAGUAGGACACAGACGUACUGUACACACACACACGAAGACAUACACACUUAAAAACAAACUUUGUGUGCUUUGUUUUAAUAUGUAUGUAUAUAUAUAUGUGUAUGUGUGUGUGUGUAUAUAUAUAUAUAUGUGUGUGUGUGGUGGUUAAGACCUUCAACUGACACAUUAUGUAGGUAGGCUAACAAUGAAUAAGGCGGGCUGAUAAUGAAUAAGGCGGGCUAACAAUGAAUGAGGCGGGCUGAUAAUGAAUAAGGUGGGCUGAUAAUGAAUAAGGCGGGCUGAUAAUGAAUAAGGCGGGCUGAUAAUGAAUAAGGUGGGCUAACAAUGAAUAAGGUGGGCUGAUAAUGAAUAAGGCCUGCUGAUAAUGAAUAAGGCGGGCUAACAAUGAAUAAGGCGGGCUGAUAAUGAAUAAGGUGGGCUAACAAUGAAUAAGGCGGGCUGAUAAUGAAUAAGGCGGGCUGAUAAUGAAUAAGGCGGGCUGAUAAUGAAUAAGGCGGGCUGAUAAUGAAUAAGGCGGGCUAACAAUGAAUAAGGCGGGCUGAUAAUGAAUAAGGCGGGCUAACAAUGAAUAAGGCGGGCUGAUAAUGAAUAAGGGGGGCUAACAAUGAAUAAGGCGGGCUGAUAAUGAAUAAGGCGGGCUAACAAUGAAUAAGGCGGGCUGAUAAUGAAUAAGGCGGGCUGAUAAUGAAUAAGGCCUGCUGAUAAUGAAUAAGGCGGGCUAACAAUGAAUAAGGCGGGCUAACAAUGAAUAAGGCGGGCUAACAAUGAAUAAGGCGGGCUAACAAUGAAUAAGGCCAAUGAAUAAGGCGGGCUAACAAUGAAUAAGGGGGGCUAACAAUGAAUAAGGCGGGCUAACAAUGAAUAAGGCGGGCUAACAAUGAAUAAGGCGGGCUAACAAUGAAUAAGGCGGGCUAACAAUGAAUAAGGGGGGCUAACAAUGAAUAAGGGGGGCUAACAAUGAAUAAGGCCUGCUAACAAUGAAUAAGGCGUGCUAACAAUGAAUAAGGCGUGCUAACAAUGAAUAAGGGGGGCUAACAAUGAAUAAGGCGUGCUAACAAUGAAUAAGGCUGGCUAACAAUGAAUAAGGCGGGCUAACAAUGAAUAAGGCGGGCUGAUAAUGAAUAAGGCGGGCUGAUAAUGAAUAAGGCGUGCUAACAAUGAAUAAGGCGGGCUAACAAUGAAUAAGGCCAAUGAAUAAGGCGGGCUAACAAUGAAUAAGGCGGGCUAACAAUGAAUAAGGCCUGCUAACAAUGAAUAAGGGGGGCUAACAAUGAAUAAGGCGUGCUAACAAUGAAUAAGGGGGGCUAACAAUGAAUAAGGCGUGCUAACAAUGAAUAAGGGGGGCUAACAAUGAAUAAGGCGUGCUAACAAUGAAUAAGGCCUGCUAACAAUGAAUAAGGCGGGCUAACAAUGAAUAAGGCGUGCUAACAAUGAAUAAGGGGGGCUAACAAUGAAUAAGGCGUGCUAACAAUGAAUAAGGCGUGCUAACAAUGAAUAAGGCGGGCUAACAAUGAAUAAGGCCUGCUAACAAUGAAUAAGGGGGGCUAACAAUGAAUAAGGCGUGCUAACAAUGAAUAAGGGGGGCUAACAAUGAAUAAGGCGUGCUAACAAUGAAUAAGGGGGGCUAACAAUGAAUAAGGCGUGCUAACAAUGAAUAAGGCGGGCUAACAAUGAAUAAGGCGGGCUGAUAAUGAAUAAGGCGGGCUAACAAUGAAUAAGGGGGGCUAACAAUGAAUAAGGCGGGCUGAUAAUGAAUAAGGCGUGCUAACAAUGAAUAAGGGGGGCUAACAAUGAAUAAGGGGGGCUAACAAUGAAUAAGGCGGGCUAACAAUGAAUAAGGCGGGCUAACAAUGAAUAAGGCGGGCUAACAAUGAAUAAGGGGGGCUAACAAUGAAUAAGGGGGGCUAACAAUGAAUAAGGCGUGCUAACAAUGAAUAAGGCGUGCUAACAAUGAAUAAGGGGGGCUAACAAUGAAUAAGGCGGGCUAACAAUGAAUAAGGGGGGCUAACAAUGAAUAAGGCGUGCUAACAAUGAAUAAGGCGUGCUAACAAUGAAUAAGGGGGGCUAACAAUGAAUAAGGCGUGCUAACAAUGAAUAAGGCGUGCUAACAAUGAAUAAGGGGGGCUAACAAUGAAUAAGGCGGGCUAACAAUGAAUAAGGGGGGCUAACAAUGAAUAAGGGGGGCUAACAAUGAAUAAGGGGGGCUAACAAUGAAUAAGGCGGGCUGAUAAUGAAUAAGGCGGGCUGAUAAUGAAUAAGGCGGGCUAACAAUGAAUAAGGCCAAUGAAUAAGGCGGGCUGAUAAUGAAUAAGGCGGGCUAACAAUGAAUAAGGGGGGCUAACAAUGAAUAAGGCCAAUGAAUAAGGCGGGCUAACAAUGAAUAAGGCGGGCUAACAAUGAAUAAGGCCAAUGAAUAAGGCGGGCUAACAAUGAAUAAGGCGGGCUAACAAUGAAUAAGGCGGGCUAACAAUGAAUAAGGCGGGCUAACAAUGAAUAAGGCGGGCUAACAAUGAAUAAGGCGGGCUAACAAUGAAUAAGGCGGGCUAACAAUGAAUAAGGCGGGCUAACAAUGAAUAAGGCGGGCUAACAAUGAAUAAGGCGUGCUAACAAUGAAUAAGGCGGACUAACAAUGAAUAAGGCGUGCUAACAAUGAAUAAGGCGGGCUAACAAUGAAUAAGGCGGGCUAACAAUGAAUAAGGCGGGCUAACAAUGAAUAAGGCGGGCUAACAAUGAAUAAGGCCAAUGAAUAAGGCGGGCUAACAAUGAAUAAGGCGGGCUAACAAUGAAUAAGGCGGGCUGAUAAUGAAUAAGGCCUGCUGAUAAUGAAUAAGGCCUGCUGAUAAUGAAUAAGGUGGGCUAACAAUGAAUAAGGCGGGCUGAUAAUGAAUAAGGCCUGCUGAUAAUGAAUAAGGCGGGCUAACAAUGAAUAAGGCGUGCUGAUAAUGAAUAAGGCGGGCUAACAAUGAAUAAGGCGGGCUGAUAAUGAAUAAGGCGGGCUGAUAAUGAAUAAGGCGGGCUGAUAAUGAAUAAGGCCUGCUGAUAAUGAAUAAGGCCUGCUGAUAAUGAAUAAGGUGGGCUAACAAUGAAUAAGGCGGGCUGAUAAUGAAUAAGGCCUGCUGAUAAUGAAUAAGGCGGGCUAACAAUGAAUAAGGCGUGCUGAUAAUGAAUAAGGCGGGCUAACAAUGAAUAAGGCGGGCUAACAAUGAAUAAGGCGGGCUGAUAAUGAAUAAGGCGGGCUAACAAUGAAUAAGGCGGGCUGAUAAUGAAUAAGGCGGGCUAACAAUGAAUAAGGCGGGCUGAUAAUGAAUAAGGCGGGCUGAUAAUGAAUAAGGCGGGCUGAUAAUGAAUAAGGCGGGCUGAUAAUGAAUAAGGCGGGCUGAUAAUGAAUAAGGCGGGCUGAUAAUGAAUAAGGCGGGCUGAUAAUGAAUUGCAACACACACUAGAACCAAAUCAGAGCCAUUUUUAAUGCUCUGCUAAAAAUAGGAUGGCUCAGAUUAUGUAUGUACUGUAGAUAGACUGGUAUUGCAUCGCAAGUACACAAAUGCGCGUUACACAUAAGUAUACGCUCUCUCGAUCGGUUUACACAGAGCACAACCACUGGACAUACGGGAUCACUCCCGAUGUCCCUUUAAUGAAUGGAGUGUCUUGUGUGUGAGGAGUUUGAUAUCAGAAAGCGUUUUUACUACCGUCGUCUGUGUGUAAGCCAGUGUUUUUCUGUAUAAUAUCAAUGUUCCAAAAGCCCGAGAAACGGAAGCAGCAAAAAAAAAUCAUGAAGUGUUAAAAAAAAACACUCUGAAGCUCCGUUACUAAAUGGUGAAUGAUUUCUUAUUUUUGAUUUAAAUCUCUUUUUGGAUGCCAACACUUUCAAGUUGUAUCUGUAAUGGGUUUUGUUCACUUUGCAUGACUGUGUUUGAUUACAUGUGCCCACUCUGAUUAGGACUGGCUUAUAGGCAGAGCCCAUGGCUUACAGGCAGACCCUAUAGGUCCAGCAGAGCCCAUUAAGGAAAAUUAAAGUAAAGAGGCUUAUUUUUAUAUACAAACGUGAGAAGUAUGCUUUUUGUUUGUUUGGUGUUCUCUUGUUUUGUUUGGAAUGUUUAUGUACAAAAAGUUUUGUUAUUGAAGCUAGCGGCCCUGUUUUCCAGGGUCCAAUUAAGUUUUCUAAAUAUUGAUGACAAAUGAGAAAAAAAUGUGAUUAUGUCAAAUGGUUUUUAACGCGAUCCGAAAAAGGCCUUAUUUACAGUUAACUGCCAAAAUAAUGGAAACACUUAAGUAAAUGAGGGAUACAAAGUAUAUUUAAACCAGAAGGUUCUACACAGGGUCUGGUUCAGGAGUUUAAUAAACACAUUAACAUCCCAUCAUGCUUAGGGUCAGGUAUUAAAAAUGCCCAGUUGUUGAUUUAUUAUGGCUAGAAGAGGUCUCCGUGACUUUGAAAGAGGGGUCUCAAAGGAGCACAAGCUGUUUUUAAAGUGUGUGUGUGUCUCAGUUACCAGAUCUCUACCAAAUGGAACACUUAUGGGAGAUUGUGGAGCAAUGCCUCCACAAUCUCGUUCUCCACCACCGUCAAUAGAACACUAAAUGAUGGAACGUCUCGUAGAAGAAUGGCGUUGCAUCCCUCCAGUAGAGUUCCAGACAUCCGUCGAAUCAAUUUAACGGCACAUUGAAGCGGCUCCUUCUGGACCUACACCCUAUUAAGUCGGGGUUUCCGUUAUUUUGGCAGUUACCGGUAUGUUCUUUUUGUAAAGACAUAACUAUAGUGAAAAGCACAGAAAGCCUAACUAGUAGAAGCUACACUGCCCUAUGUUUUUAUUUGGACAGCGAAGCUAAAACUUUUACUUUGGCACUUGAGUAUACUCCAGCAUUUUGGGAUUUGAGAUCAGAUGUUUAUAUGAGGUGACAGUACAGAAAGUCACCUUUUUUAUUUGAGGGAAUUUUCAUACGUAUCUGUUUUACAGUUUAGAAGUGAAUGCACUUUAUGUAUCUAGUCCCCACUAUUUGAAUAACUAUUUGGACAAAUUAACUUUAUAGUGUUUUAACAGUUUGUAAAAAAUGUUGUGGUAUUUGAUUCCAUAUUCCUUGUACACAAUGACAACAUAAAUCGUGUGACUCUAGAAACUUGUUGGAUGCAUUUGCAGUUUGUUUUGUUUGUGUUUCGGAUUAUAUUGUGCCCAAUAGAAAUGAAUUUAAAAAAUAUAUAUUUUACCUUUGUUUAAAUAGGCAAGUCAGUUAAGAACAAAUUCUUAUUUUCAAUGACGGCCUAGGAACAGUAGGUUAACUGCCCUGUUCAGGGGCAGAAUGACAGAUUUUUACCUUGUCCACUCGGGGAUUCGAACUUGCAACCUUUCGGUUACUAGUCCAACGCUCUGACCACUAGACUACCUAGUGAAAUGAAUGGUGUCAUUUUUGAGUCACUUUUAUUGUAAAUAAACACUGGUACGUUAAUGUGGAUGCUACCAUGAUUACGGAUAAUCAUGAAUUAAUCGUGAAUAAUAAUGAGUGAGGAAAGCGAAGGGCAUAAAUGUCAUACCCCAUCCAAAAAUGCUAACUUCCUGUUACUGGUAAUGCUGAGAAGUUAGCAUGUGUUGGGGGCAUGAUCUUUGUGCUUCUGUAGAUGCAUGAAGUGCAUUCAUUUCUAAACUGUAAAACAGAUAUGUAUGAAAAUACCCUCAAAUAAAAGGUGACUUUCUGUACUGCCACCUCAUAUAAACAUUUGAUCUCAAAUCCCAAAACGCUGGAGUAUAGAGCCAAAUUAAAGAUUUUAGUGUCACUGUCCAAAUAAAUACAUAGGGCAGUGUAUAUACCUAUAGGGAAAGUAGUCAACGGAAGCUAAACUACAGUAGGGUGACGUAGCUAUGGCAUAGUAAUAUGUUACAUUGACAAUUGCAGUUGGGAUUGAAAUUCAGAAAUAAACUUGAUUUGCAGUACCCUCAUUUUCUGCAAACAAGUCCAGUUUUGCCAGUGUGUCAUUUUUAAAAAUAAUUUAUAAUAGUUCCGUAGAUGUCACUCUUUCAAGUGCACAAUUCAGUAUACUAUGCUUAUUGCAAUGGUCACAAGGAACUGAAAUAGAUAUUAUGGUACUUAGGCAGACAGAUCCACAACACAGAGAUACAGUACAAAUGCAAUCACAGUCUAAAAAACCAUGGUUAUGUUGCAUGCAUUUAAUCUUUUUUUUAAUGUACAUAUACAUAUUGCAUUAGAAGCAGAGAGCAGUUGGGAUCCUCUGACCUCACAGGCAGCACAUUGGUCCUCAGUUUGAGAAGGACUGGAGUACUGUGGCUGAUCUAGGGAUAGCUUUUUAAGAAUGUUUUCCAAAAUGCGCCAUCUUCUAUUCUAAUAUUAUUGCAUAAAGUUCAGGGCCUUUUAUUGUUGGGAAAACCUGCACCAAUGUACUGUAUAUUUCCAAUCUUAUGCUUCUAUUUUCUGUCAUUCAGAAAACCUGACAUGAGAUUAGAUCCAAGCUGAGUGUUUCUGGCUCGGGAUCAGGUGGCUCUCAGCUGCACUCUCUCUCACAUAUCUGCUGUUUUUUUAAUUUUAUUUGUUUAAUCUACUGUUGACUUUUCUCUGUCUGUUUGCCUUAGAGCUUUUCUAUUUUGGAAUAAAUGAUGCUUAACCUCUA